AUGCUGCUAAUUUGGACAAUCCCUCUGCUAUUGGGCAUAGUGGCAGGAGAUGAAGUUUGCUAUCCAAGAGUCGGAUGCUUUACAGAUGAUAAACCAUGGGCUGGUAUUUCUGGAAGACCCUUUAAAGUGCUCCCCUGGUCUCCACAAGACAUCAACACCCGUUUUCUUCUGUAUACCAAUGAAAACGCAAACGAGUAUCAAGAAAUUCUUCCAGACAAUUUGAAUUUGUUUAAAGUGGAAGAGGUAAACUGCAUCUGUGUGGACUGGAAAAAGGGUUCACGGACUUUAUAUACCCAAGCCUCACAAAAUAUUCGAGUAGUGGGGGCUGAAAUAGCCUAUUUUGUGGAUUAUCUCAAGACCGAACUUGGAUACUCUCUUUCCAAUGUCCACAUCAUUGGUCACAGUCUGGGAUCGCAUGUUGCUGGAGAGGCUGGGAGAAGGUCAAAUGGUCUCAUUGGACGAAUCACAGGAUUGGAUCCUGCUGAGCCUUUCUUUGAAGGGACCCCAGAAGAAGUUCGAUUGGAUCCCAGUGAUGCCUUGUUUGUUGAUGUCAUUCACACAGAUGCUGCUCCUAUCAUCCCUUACUUAGGUUUUGGAAUGAGUCAGCUGGUGGGACACCUUGAUUUCUUCCCAAAUGGAGGAGAGGAAAUGCCCGGAUGUCAGAAGAAUAUUCUUUCUCAGAUUGUCGAUAUAAAUGGAAUCUGGGAAGGAACUCGUGAUUUUGCAGCAUGUAAUCACCUACGAAGUUACAAGUAUUAUGCAGAUAGCAUCCUCAACCCAGAUGGCUUUUCUGGAUACCCCUGUGCUUCCUACAAAGAUUUUGAGGCAAAUAAGUGCUUCCCUUGUCCAUCUGGAGGGUGUCCACAGAUGGGCCACUAUGCUGACAGAUUUGCUGGUAAAACGAGCUCAGUGGGAGAGGUCUUAUAUCUGAAUACUGGAGAGGCCAGUAAUUUUGCUCGUUGGAGGUAUAAAGUAACUGUCACAUUGUCUGGAACCAAGGUUACUGGAAAAGCAAUAGUUUCUUUGUUUGGAAGUAAUGGAAACAGCAGGCAAUAUGAGAUUUAUAAGGGGAAACUACAACCAGGCUCUACACAUACUAAUGAGAUUGAUUCAAAUUUCAAUGUUGGAACACUUCAAAAAGUUAAAUUUCUUUGGGACAACAAUAUGAUCAAUCCAACCCUGCCCAAAGUAGGAGCAUCGACGAUCACUGUAGAAACUUCAGAUGGACAAAUGUACAAUUUCUGUAGCAACGAAACUGUAAGAAAAGAAGUUCUGCUAACUCUCUAUGCUUGCUAA